AUGGCCAUCACUGUCAAUUGCGUCCGGCCGACCAUCCGUCACUUCUCUGCUCGUCGUCCUCGUCCCGACAGCCGUGCCUCGCGCUUCGUUGCCUCGUCCUGCAUCGCCUCCGCCGUGGUGCUCCCCUUCAUCCCGCCGGCCAUCGAGAGCUCCCGGGAGAAGAGCCUGGGCUAUCCCAACCACAACAAAUCCCACCCACCGCUCUGCUUCCACGCUCGCUAG